ACAGUGGCUGCAGGUGGGCAGGAGUGGUGCCCAGGCUCACUGGGUCCUGGGCUGUGGGAGGUCAGGCACAGGCUGCCGGGUCCUCAGGGCAGAGCCAAGGGGCUUGGGGAGGCCGGGGAUAUCCACCCCACGUGUGGGCGGGGCUGGCCUGGCACCGCACCUUGUCACCAGGAAGUGGGCCUGCUCCUCUGAUGGGCGGGGCUGGCCUGCCAGGGUUGGCCUUGCCCUCCCGCUGUACAGGGACAGGUAGCAUGGCAGGCCAGGUGCUCCAUCCUGCACCUGCAUCCACCAUGGUGUCCCAGGGCCACGCUCACCUGGGCCCCAAGUACGUGAGCCUCUGGGAUUUCGAGGCCUGGACGGAUGAGGAGCUGAGCUUCUGGACAGGGGACCUGUUCCACGUGGCCAGGAAGGGGGAGUGGUGGUGGGCCAUGUGGCUGGAUGCGGUGGGCAGGGCCCUGGCUGAAGGCUAUGUGCCCCACAACUACCUGGCGGAGGAGACAGUGGAGUCUGAGCCGUGGUUCUUUGGCCACAUAUCCUGCUCAGAAGCCGGGCACCAGCUGCAGGCCCGUGGCAAUGAGCCCGGAGCAAUCGGGGGCAGCGGGAAGCCAGGCACUGACUACGUCCUCCCCAGCGCAGCUUCCCCGCAGGCCGUGCGGCACUAUGAGAUCUGGCACUGUGCAGGCCGGCUGCACGCCGGCGAGGCUGUGUCCUUCCCCGGCUUGCCCGAGCCUGUGGAGCACAAGGCCCAGGGCCUCCAUGGCCUGCGGCUGACCUUGCCCCGCGGGAAGCAUGAGCCCAAGCCCCUGCCCCACUGUGACGACUGGGUGAGGCAAGAGUUCACGCUCUGUAGGAAGGGGGGGUCUAGUUACUUCGGGGAGGUCUUCGAGGGGCUCUGGAAAGACCAGGUCCGAGUGGCCACCCCAUCGCGGCUGCUGCCCACAGCCAGCCUCCUGCACCAGCACACGCUGCAGGCGGAGAUCCAGGCCAUGAAGCAGCUUCGGCGUAAGCAUGUCUUGGCACUGUAGGCCGUGGUGACUGUGGGGGACCCUGUGGACAUCAUCAUGGAGCUCAUGCCCAAGGGGAGCCUGCUGGAGCUGCUGCGGGACUGUGAUGAGAAAGCCCUGCCCAUCUUGGAGCUGGUGGACAUUGCAUGGCAGGUGGCUGAGGGCAUGUGCUACCUGGAAUCACACAGUUAUGUACACCGGGGCCUAGCAGCCAGGAACAUCGUUGAAGGCGAGAACAGCAUUUACACUGUCAGGGACUUUGGGCUGGCUGAGCUCAAGGAAGACAUCUACCUUUGCUACGACCACAACGUACCCUACAAGUGGACUGCCCGGGAGGCACUCUCCUGAGCGCACUACUCCAUCAAGUCUAACAGCUGGUCCUUUGGGGUUCUCCUCCAUGAGAUUUUCAGCAGGGGUCAGAUACCCUAUCCAGGGCUGAGCCCCUGGGACGGUGGGCUCCACGACCACGAGGCCUUCCUGAGGGUGGAUGCCGGCUACCGCAUGCCCUGCCCUGCGGAGUGCCCACCCACCGCAUACACCGUACACAAGCUGAUGCUCUCCUGCUGGCACAGGGACCCUGAGCAGAGGCCCUGCUUCAAAGCCCUGCAGGAGCAGCUCUCCAGCCUCACCAGGUACAGCCCACUUUGGGUGUGCUAAUAAGCACGGCGCCUUUCCUACAGCUGCUGCAGAGGCAGCAGGGCCAGGCCCUGUGGAGAAGGGCCCGGGCAACCCUCUGCUUAACUGACAAUUUGCCCAAGAAGACACCCACAGCUUCCAGAAUCACGCUGGACCCCCUGGGAAGGCUCUUCAGGCCUCUCUGACCCGCCCCAACCUGGGGCAGAGGGAAGUGCACCUGCCAUCUGUGGGCUCAGGCUGCCCCUUCCUAGUACCUGCUCCUGGACAGGCAGGCCCUUUCCAGCUGACCGACGCCAGCACACUCCAGGAGCUAACAGCUCCUUUCCACAGGGAAUGAACCUGUUCCCAGGCCUGACCCUCCCUGCAUCAAGGAGCAUGGUGGGCACCUGAGUUUUGGCCCCUGCUUGGUUCCUGGACUUUGGGCAGGGGGCACAAAAUCCUCACUCUGUAGAGACAGGGCCCCCGAGGCGGCCAGGGGAUGGCGACCCGCCCUCCCUGGCUGCCGGGGGAUUGUGCCCAAAGCUGGGCUGUGUUGGGAAGGCCCCUCACACCCCUCAGCCCGGGGCUGCAGACCUGCCCAGGUGUCCUACAAAGGCCUGGAAGAGGCCCCAUUCUUUGGGAAGGUACGAGACAGUGUGGCCUAAUACUCAUCCCCAUCAGCUGUCCCAAGCCAGCUGGGAGGGACGGCUUCAUCAGGGCCUUCAAGUAGCAGCACGUUUCCCCAGCUGAGGCCUCCCAAACCCCAUAGCCAGAGGCCCAACCUCCCGCAGGGGCCAAGGGCCGUCACUCACUGGUUGCCCUGGAGGCUUCUUGUCCAGCUUCUGGACCGUCUGCCUUCCCAGGCUCCCCAACAGCAAAAACUCCACU